AUGACCAUAAUGUUGAUGCUGCUGUUACUACUCGUCCUGGCCAUGCCAUCGUCAACGAUGAUGCUACUGCUGAUGUUGUUGGCAAUGAUGCCACCGACAAUAGUGUCGCUGAUAAAUCUGAAACGAAUGUUAACUUCGUCGUCAUCAUCAUCAUCGUCGCUCCAUGUUACGAUCAAAAACAUUUGCUGUGGCAGGUCAUUUGGUCCUCUAAAGUUAACAUGGCUCAUAGCGCUGUACGGCUUGUUGUGGUAUGGCCUAACGACCACAAAAUUAACCUUGGUGGAAGCCGGUUCACACAUCCGACUAACACAGCGUAACAAUCAUGCUAACAUAUCGGAAUUAUUGGAUAAUCUAUUGAGGGGUUAUGACAACAGUAUACGACCGGAUUUUGGAGGUCCCCCUGCCACCGUUGAAGUGGAUAUUAUGGUACGCAGUAUGGGUCCAAUUUCUGAAGUGGAUAUGACCUACUCCAUGGAUUGUUAUUUCCGCCAAUCGUGGGUGGACAAACGUCUGGCAUUCAAAGGAGCCCAAGCCACCCUGGCGCUGAGUGUAUCAAUGCUGGCACGUAUCUGGAAACCGGAUACUUAUUUCUAUAAUGGUAAACAGAGCUAUUUACACACCAUAACGACACCGAAUAAAUUCGUGCGUAUCCAUCAGAAUGGCAGGGUGUUGUAUUCGAGCAGGUUGACCAUAAAGGCGGGAUGUCCAAUGAAUUUGGAGGAUUUUCCCAUGGACAUACAGAAAUGUCCAUUGAAAUUUGGUUCGUUUGGCUACACCACCGCCGAUGUCAUCUACCGCUGGAACAAAGAACGUCCGGCUGUGGCCAUUGCCGAGGAUAUGAAAUUGUCACAAUUCGAUUUGGUCGAUUGUCCGGCGGGUAAUUUAACGGAUGUUGUUUACAAAGCAUCUUCGCCCUAUCACGAGAAUCAUGGCCAUGACCAUCACCACAAUUACGACAACAGCAACAACAACAACUUCAGCCAAUUUGCCAAUCGCAACAACAAAACCCUGACAACUUUUGCCGGUCCAGGGGCAAAAAAUCAACAUGUUCGUGGUACGGGCAUCCAGUUGGAUACGGGUAGCGGUUUUGGUGUGGGUGGCGGUGCCGGUGGUGGUCACAUACGCUUAGAAUCGGAUCAAUCAUCGGAAUAUUCCAUGUUGAUGGUCAACUUCCAUCUGCAGCGGCACAUGGGCAACUUCCUAAUACAAGUCUAUGGACCUUGCUGCCUCCUGGUCGUCCUUUCUUGGGUAUCAUUUUGGCUGAAUCGUGAAGCGACAGCAGAUCGUGUAUCUUUAGGAAUUACCACGGUACUCACCAUGACCUUUUUGGGGUUGGAGGCCCGCACCGACCUACCCAAGGUCCCAUAUCCCACCGCCCUGGACUUUUUCGUUUUCCUCUCCUUCGCCUUCAUUUUCGCCACCAUUCUACAAUUUGCCGUUGUCCACUAUUUCACCAAAUAUGGUUCGGGUGAAUGUUAUUUUAUUAUCGAGGAACUAGAUUCCGACACGGAAACGGAGAGUGCGGUAAGGCAGACCCACAAAUUGGGUAUGACUCCAGAAUAUGAAGACACAAAUAGUAGUACCGAAACGAAAAUCUAUGAAGUAAUUCCGCUGGCAAUGUGUUCGAUUAAUAUACCUAAGGGAGGUUCGGCAAAACGUCGAUGUUCAAGGGAAAGGAAAUAUCGUGGCCGUCCAUCGGCAUGGCAAAAUUGUUGGAGCCAGUUGGUGAUUUGGUUGGGUUGCAGGCCAAAAAGAGGAAGGCAUAGGGCCCAUUUCGAUUCGUCGGAUGAAGAUGGUGAGGAGAUCCAUUUGCGGGCGAAUGAGGAUGUAACACCAAAUAAAAAAUAUUCCGGUCGCCGCCGUAUGUCCUACUAUCGUCGUGAGGAAUUGGAUGCCCGACGCAAAGGCAAACGUACACCACAAUAUAAUUCCGUAUCGAAAAUUGAUCGAGCCUCACGCAUAGUUUUCCCCAUUCUAUUUCUCCUGAUCAAUGUGUUCUAUUGGUAUGGCUACUUGUCACGAAGCUCACGAAUAUUGGCGCACAGUAAUUCGACCACCUGAUGUUACCUUUUGGCAAUUUAGACACCACGGCCGGGGAAGAAAUCA